AUGGACUGCGCACCUCAAAUCACAAAUGCUGUUGAAACAGCCAUCCCCUUAUGCCAGAUCAUUUGGUGUGGCGUUCAUGUGUUGCGCGCUGUCAUGAGAAAGGCUGAAAAGUUUCAAGAUCGUUCCAACUUCGAAACUUUCUAUAACUUAAUGAAGUUAUUGGUCUUUGGUUCUGAAGAGGAAGAAAUUGAUCCUGAUGAAGUUUACAACAAUUUAGAAGAAAUUUUAAAUGAGGAACCUGCUGCCCGUGAAUACUUUGACCAACAGUGGCGCCAUCAUCUUGACAGGUGGAUGCUUCGCUAUAGAAAUGAAGGAGAUGGAACAAACAACAUCUCGGAAUCACAUUUCAAGGUUUUGAAGCACCAGUACUUCCAAGAAAGGCGAAAUCUUCGACUCGAUGAACUUGUCAUCGAGUUAUAUUCCAGUGUUGUUCCUUCAUUCCUGAUUAAGUUGCAAAUUAAAGGUCUGGAUUCAGAGAGAAGUGUUAAAGUUAUCAAAAAAGUCACAAGAGAUUUCGAAGAAAUGACACAAUUUAAAAAAGUCGAAUGCAUCAGUAUGCUUGAAGCUGUUCAGAAAGGUCUGAAAAAUGAUACACUUGAUCCCAACAUUGUUUACUCAACAUUAAAAAUAUUAUUGCAAAGAAAACAUUUGAUUUAA